ACCGGAUUCAAACCGAAUUUAAUGUGGAUUAAAGGCUGAGGACCAGCGGGAACCGGAGCGGGACCCGAGCCGAUCAGAGGAGACUGGACUCAUCUUUAGGUUCGAUUUCUGGGUUUUUGGAUCAGAAUCCGGAUAAUGGGUCGGGCAGACGGACGUACUGAGUGAAAACUUUUAUUUUUGUCUUGGAGAUGGCAGUUUUUCCCCCCAGUUGAGGAUGACAGUGAUCAGGCUCUGAUCUAUCCAUAUAUUGUAUUGAUUGUGUAUUGAUCAGCGGGAUGGCCGCUCUCCUCCUGCUGCUGCUCGCGAUCUGGACCUGUGGACACGCCAGGAGCGCGUUCCCGCUGCGGUCCUCCUACAGCCUGUACGCCGGCGGACACGCGCACGGAGGUCGCGCGGCCAGCAGACACAGGAACUGGUGUGCGUUCGUUGUGACAAAGACGGUGAGCUGCGUGGUCGAGGACGGAGUGGAAACCUACGUGAAGCCUGAUUACCAUCCCUGCAGCUGGGGGAGUGGACAGUGCAGCAGGGUGGUGGUCUAUCGGACCUACAUGAGGCCACGGUACAAAGUGGCCUACAAGAUGGUAACAGAGAUGGAGUGGAAGUGUUGCCAGGGUUACAGUGGAGAGGACUGCAACAAUGGCCAAGUUGGAGGAGGAGGAACCCAGAUUUCCACUACCAAACCUCAGCCCAGACCGGGACAAGGAGGAGGGACAAGAGGUGGUCAGGGUGGAGGUGGGACAAGCUAUGGACAGGGAGGAGGUGGGACAAGCUAUGGACAGGGAGGAGGAGGUUAUGGAGGUGGCAGUUCUGGAUCUGGACAGAGUGGAGGACACAGUGGACGAGCUGAAUACGAGAAGAUGAGGCAGAUGGAGGAGAAGAUCCGGAGUCUGACCAAGAAUGUCCAAGACCUUCAGUCCACCUUGAAUACCAUGAAUGAACACUUCCAGCAGGAGGUCAACAAACCGACGUUCAGUGGAGGAGGAGGAGGAGGAGGAGGAGGAACCUCUUCAGGAGGAAGGAACCCUGCUGAUGCUGCUCAGCCGGAGAUGAAAGAGACAAUUCACAACAUUCAGACCAAACUGGACCAGCUGGAUAACCGCACGCAGGCACAUGAUAAAACCCUGGUCAGCAUCAACAACCACCUGGUGAAUGGGAAAGGGAACAACCUGGAUGGAGGUCUGUCAGGUGGAGGCGGUCUGAGUGGAGGAAGGCUGAACUUGCUGAAGGAGGAGGUCCUGAGGGAGUUAGAGAGGAGGGUGUCUCUGUCCUGUUCCUCCUGUCAGGCUGGUGUGGAGGAUCUGCGCAGACAGCAACAAGAGGACCAAGAGAGAAUUCGAGCUCUGGAGAAGCAGCUAAAUGCCAUGGAUGUUCGAUAUCGACAAGGCCUGGAUGGGCUGCGACGGGAGGUUGUGCAUUCACAAGGAUGCUGUGAUGCCGUCAGUGACCUCCAAAAUCGUAUCACCGAUGCUGAGCGCAAGAUCAGUUCUGCCUCAGAGAACUUUGAUGUUCUGCAGAACCGCCUGGACAAGGAGUUCAGUGGAGGAGGUGACAGCAGAAACAAUGAGAACAGUGGCUUCAGAGGAGGAGGCUUUGGUGCUGGCAGUGGAAUCGGUGGAGGUGCGAGGGAUGUUGUGGUGACAGUUGAUUUACUGGACAAUCGCCUGAAAGACCUGGAACGGCGUGUCAACAACACUGUGCAACAGACCGAGCAGAGCUGCUCAUACCUGGAGAAUGACUUGAAAGACUACUUCCACAGAGAACUGGGGGACCUUAGGACAGUGUUCCUGGACCGGUUUGAUGACCAGGCCUUCAGGAUCGCAGACGUGGAGCUAGACUUAGGACUGGUGAAAGACAGGGUAAAUGACCACAAUAAGAAAGUGUUGAAACUGGAGAACAGUACCUCCCUCUUGAGCCGGAGGGUGGAGGAGUGCGGCUGUUUAGGAUCUGAGGGAGGAGGGGGAAAGUCACCACCUCCUGGUGACCGGGCAAGUGGAGGAGGAAGAUGGGGAGUAGGAGGAGAAGAAGGACCUGUGGGAGGAGGAGAAGCCGGUGGGGAAACAGGUGGAGAGGAAGGAGGACCUGCAGGAGGUGGAACUAGUGGAGGAGGUACACGGGGAGAAGAAAGAGAAAAUACAACAGAGAAAUCACUGGAGUGGAGAGUGGUUGCCAAUGAGGAUCAGAUUCGACAUUUUAACACUCGUCUCAAAGACCUGUCAGUGUCCGGAGACUCUCUGCAUGACAAGGUUGUGGACCUGAGCCAUGACGUCCGCAAGAUCAAGGCUCUGACCGGGGAUCAUGGCGAACACUUUAACCGAAUUGUGACUGAGGUGGAGCUGCUGGGGCAGGAUUGCGAGCUGUGUGGGAAGGUGGAGGAUGAGCUACAGAGGCUGAAGAAUCAUUCCCAAGAUGCACUGGGACGCAUGCAGAGCCACAUCAACCGACUCCAGAUCAGACUGGACUCGGGGAGAGAAGGCUGCUUCCAGGUCUGUUCACAACUGGAGGACGAAGUCCGCCUGCUGCAGGACGAUGUCAGGAGGUGCAUCGGCCAAUGUAAGACCAGCCCGGACAUGCCCGCAGGUGGUGGUUCUGGUAGCACUGUUGGCGCUGGUGGUGCCAGUGGACGUGGACCUGGGUUGGAUGCUGAGAAACCUUUGGAUGGCCACAGCGUGAUCGGAGGCUCCGUCAAUAACAACCAGCUGAAGACGCUGCAGGGCGAACUGUCCGAGGUCAUUCUCACCUUCAGCUCAAUCAACGACACCCUGAAAGGGCUUGAACACACCGUGCAGAAACACGGCAGCGUCAUCACCGACCUUGGAAACACCAAAGAUAAGAUCAUCUCUGAGCUGGACAAAAUUCAGCAAGAGGUGACAGAGCACAUCGAGGACAGCCGCGACCAUCUGGAUGGGAUGGACCGGGAUGUCCGGCGGUUUGAGAGCACGCUGCUGGUGGAGAUGGGAGACUGUAAGAGGUCUGGAGACGGGCUGGAGAAGAGGCUGUCAAAGCUAGAGGGAGUCUGUGGGAGGCUGGACGGUGUCGCAGACUCCAUCCUCAAGAUCAGGGAAGGACUGAACCGACACGUGUCAAGUUUGUGGACGUGUGUUUCUGGUCUGAAUGACUCGGUCAUCCAUCAUGGAGGAAUCAUGGACUUCAUUCAAAAGAACCAGGAUGACGUCUACAGCAGGAUGAAGAACCUGAACACGAGCCUGAACCAGGUCUUCAAAGAGCUGCAGAGUUUGUCAGACCACAACCUGACCGGACUGCCCGGACCCCCAGGGCCGCCAGGAGAAAGAGGCUUCAACGGGCUACCGGGUCCCCGCGGGCCUCUUGGACCUCCUGGACGACAAGGUGAAAAUGGAGCACGGGGUCUGCCAGGUCUGCCUGGUGUUGAUGCUCAUGUACCCAGACUGUCGUUCUCUGCUGCACUCACUGUUCCAAUGGAGAGAGCUGGAACCAUCGUCUUUGACAAGGUCUUUGUCAACGAAGGAGACUUUUAUGACCCAAGAACAGGUAUUUUCACUGCCCCCAUCGAUGGACGCUACUUCUUCAGUGCCAUCCUGACCGGUCAUAGGAACGAGAAGAUCGAGGCAGUCCUGUCGAAGUCGAAUUAUGGCAUGGCCCGAGUGGAUUCUGGAGGCUACCAGCCUGAAGGCUUGGAGAACAACCCCGUGGCCGAGGCUAAAACCACUCCGGGAUCUCUGGCCGUCUUCAACAUUAUCUUGCCUCUGCAGACUCGGGACACGGUCUGCAUCGACCUGGUCAUGGGCAAACUGGCCCACUCUGUCGAGCCCCUCACCAUCUUCAACGGGAUGCUGCUGUACGAAGACAUGUAACGGAUACAUGCUGACGUCUGAAAAUCAACGAGGCCAGAGAACCUGAAAAACACAGUUUAAGAUAUAUGACGAACCCACAGGAGGCUGCAUCAUGAAGCGUGAUGUCACUUCCCCUUUAAGGAGUGAUUCUAAACUGAUGACAGAAUAUUUUAAAUGAACAGAUUUCUGUCUUCAUAUUCUCGAUCACAUUGGUUUUAUAUUAUUAUUCUAAAGAGUGUUUAUGUCACAUGUGGACGACGGGAGGGUUCCAUUUACCGUUUGGUCUGAUGUGGUCACAUGAUGUGAUGUCAGAGCUGCACUGUGCAAACAGACAUCCCUGUAAACCAGGAUCAGCUGGUGUCCUGCAGACCUGCUUCCUACUUGAAACUUUUAAAAACUUGGAAACUUUGGAAGCACAGAAACUGCGGUGGAGAACGAGUCAUGUUACUGGUCUAAAGUGCGGUUAAUGUUCUCUACAGGCUGCAAAGUUCAUUACAGCAUGUGAACAACAUUUCCUGAUUUUUCACUUCUUAGAGUCUGAGCAGUAGCGGGGCUAAAAAUGUACAGUUUGUCCUGAGGGAGGCGCUACAGGAAAGAUCAUGGAGACACUAAAACCUACGGUUUAUCUUCUGAAGAGCAGGAUCAAGAUCUGGAUUUUAUUGACCAUCUGAUAGAUGUUGAGAUGCAUCAUGUGUGGACUAAGGUGCUAGAUUGAUGCUCAUCACUAGUUGUGCCACGAUUAUUCAAAUCCACUAAUCAAUUCAGCUUUCAUUUUUAAGGUCUCGAUUUGAUUUGGCUAUGCCACUGUUACACUAUCAAGUCUUGAUUUGUAAUGAUUGAUAGAUCAUGUUAUGCCCUGACUUUAAAAAGCCAUAUGUGAGAGAAGUGUGAUGAAUCCAACAUUUUUUUGAAUGUAGCACACUAAGGCUACACAGUUAAAUUGAUUUGUUUUAAAUGUAAUAAUAAUACGUUAUUUCACCUGUGAAUUAGGAAUAACUGUUAAACACAAAAAUCAAAUGAAGCGUCACUAGAUGGCAGAAGGAUCCUUUACAGCAGCUUGAUUUAAAAAAGCAGGCUUUGUGGGUCUAAUGUGUGGUACAGGCUAGUGGUUUGUUGUGAGAUGUGAGUCUCUCCUGGUGCCAGCAUGUUACUGCAGUAAAAGAAAAGAGCUUCAUGCUGUAAGAAGUGGAUGGCAGGCUAAACCUAAAAGUAGCAGUAAGGGUGUGUGUUUUUUUCCAUAGCAGAGGAGAAAUAGAAAGUCCUUGUUGGUGCAGUAUUACUACGGUGGCCUCCUGCGGUCACAGCAGAGUUAUGAGAAAUGCUGCUGACCACAGAUAAAUGUUACCAGCAGAAACACUGAGCUAGCUGGAUAACUGCAUCAAUGGUGGACAGCGUGGGUCAAACAGAGAACUGGAAACACACACACACACACACACACACACAUAUAUAUGUAUAUAUGUGUGUGUAUAUAUAUAUAUAUAUAUAUAUAUAUAUACAAUCAAAAUCGUGACGCCCCUACUCAUCACUAUCCUUGAGCCCAUCCCCUAACGCUAACCCUGGCAGGGUAAGACAUGACAACACGGGACACCAAAGCAAAGAGUCUUUUCUGUUUGAAUUUAUGAUUUAGUGGUGUUUUUAUGUCCUGCCAAGUAUUUAAGCCCUUAUCACAUAAUUUAACUUUGAUAGACAAAUGCUGAAAAACAAUACUCAACACUUUCGUGCUAUGAAUAAAUCCCAUUAAAUUUCAGGGGUGGAAGGAGUAUUAGGAUUGGUUUCUUAAGUAAAGGUAGUAAUACCACAAUGUAAACAUACUGCAGAGGUAAAACCCCACAUUAUAAAUGGUUAAGUCAAAGUGUUGAAACUUUUAUUGACAAAAUGUGCAUAAAGUACAAAUAGGAGCCCUAUGGCACCGAUGAAUGAGAUAUAUCAAGCUUUAACACUUUAAUACUCAUCCUGCACAUGGUUUUCUUUGACAAAAAUAAAAAUAUUCGGUGUCAUUAGACUUAUGAUUUAUGUAUGGAUGACUGUAUGUAUGGAUGUACAUACAGUCACUUUUGUUUGAUCCAGUAGGUUGUUAAAGAAUCUGUGCUGACACACACACAUGCAUAUAUAUAUAUGUGUGUGUGUGUAUGUGUGUUUAUAUGUAUAGACUCCCACACAAUUGUGUGUGCCCUUUUUAAAAUAAUAAAAUCACCAAAAUGGCCCCGAUCAACUUUUUACAUACCCUUUAAUGUUUGUCCUGAUAAUAUACAGACAAGUUGACACACACAGGUUUAAAUGGCUGCUAAGGGUAAGUUUCCACACCUAAGACAUAUUUGAUGUAAUGAGUGUGUGUGUGUGUGUGUGUGUGUUUGUGUGUGUGUUUGUGUGUGUGUGAGUUUCUUAUCUCUUGAGAGACUCCUGCAUGACCUUUUCCUGAAUACUGAACUAUGGUCAAAGCAAAAGAACUGUCAAAAAACCUGCGAGAAAAGGAAAUUGAACUGUGUAAAUCAGCGAAAGGACUUUAAAAGAUAUCAGGAGAUUUUAAAAAAGGAAGCCCAGUAGUGUUGAAACUCUGAUAAAGAAGUGGAAAAGUAGGGGUUACGUUGAUACCAAGACAGUCAGGUAGACCAGCGAAGGUUUCAGCUACAACUGGCAGGAAAAUUAGUCAGGAUACAAUGAAAAACCCACAAGCAACUUCAACUGAACUACAGGCUGCAAAAAAUGGUGCAGCUGUUUUUCAAGAUGCACAAUAAGGAAGUGCUUGACCAAAAAUGGGCUGCGCGGUCAAGUUGGCGGAAAAAAGCCAUUCCUGUGCUAAUGCCACAUAUCAGCCCGCUCACAAGCCUAGACAAGCCUCAACACUUGGAACUAAGUCAUUUGGAGUGAUAAGACCAAAACUGAACUUAAUUGACACACAUAAACAUGAUGUUUGGAGAGGAGUCAACAAGGCCUGUGAUGAGAAGCACACCUUCUCUGUGGAGCAUGGAGGUGCAGCUCUGAUGCGUUUCGAGUGUGUAAGCUACAGAGGCACAGGGACUUUAGUUAGAACUGAUGGAAAGAUGAAUGCAGCAUGUUUUCAGAAAAUACUGGGGGACAACUGGCAUUCAUCAGGCCAGAAGAUGCACAUGGGACACACUUCGACUUUCCACAUGACAAUGAUCCAAAACACAACGCCAGCGGACCCUCCAGUGGCCACAGCAGGAAAGAGAGAAUCACAGUCUCCUGACCUCAGCAUCAUUGUGCCACUUUGGGAAGAUCUCAAAAGUGCAGUUCACCCGAAGCAACCCAAGACUUUCUGGGACCGGGACGCUUUUUGCCAAGAAGAAUUGGCAGCUGUCACAACAGACUGCGAGUCGUCACUGAUACAAAAGUAGCAGUACACAGUAUUAAGAACUAAGAGUCUGUAAACGUUUGAACAGGAACCAUCUCAGUAUUUUUUAUUGUUAUGUUUUGUUUGAUGAUUGAGACAUUCUGUGAUGCCUUACAGUUUAA